AUGGAGGAGCAGCCGAAGGAGGGCGAGGCCGAGGUCGCGGAGCACUGGUUCUCCAAGUGGGAACGCCAGUGCUUGGCCGAGGCCGAGCAGGAAGAGCAGCUGCCCCCUGAGCUGCAGGAGGAGGCGACCGCUGAGGCAGCGGGGCUCAAGAGCGAGCAGCAGAAGCUGUGGCACCUCUUCCAGAUCUCUGCCACCGCCGUGGCCCAGCUCUACAAGGAUUCCGGGUGCCCACAGCCAGAACUGUCCAUGUGGGACCCCUUCCAGAAUGCGGCCAUGGCCGUGACCAGUCUCUACAAAGAGAGCGGGGAUGCCCACCAACGAAGUUUUGACCUGGGCGUCCAGGUUGGCUACCAGCGUCGCAUCAAAGACGUCCUGGAGUGGGUGAAGAAGGGCCGGAGCACCAUUCUCCGCGAAGACCUGAUUAGCUUCCUGUGUGGCAAAGUGCCCCCCGCACCUCCAUCAUCGCGCACCCCCAGGACGCCGCCAAAGCCGCCCGCCGCGGCCACCGGCCAGGCCACAGCUACUGAAUCCAGUUCGUCUGUAGACGUCGACCUGCAGCCCUUCCACGAGGCCAUCGCCCUGCAUGGCCUCAGUGGUGCCAUGGCGAGCAUCAGCGUGAGAUCUGGUGCACCCGGCUCCCCGCCUCAAGCCAGCAAUGGCGUCGCCAGCAAUGGCGUCGCCAGCAAUGGCGUCGCCACCAAUGGCGUCGCCACCAAUGGCACCGGCGGCGGGCGCCGAAAAAGUAGCUUACUCGAGGACGACUUGAACCCCUUCAACUCAGAAGAACUGGCCCUCCGCCUGGACAGUGGGGGGACCCGCAAGCGCACCUCGGCCCAGUGCGGGGAUAGUGUCACAGACUCCCCAACCCACAAGCGCAACCGAAUGGUCUGA